AUGGACAACGAAUCAAUCCAAGUCCGAUCGCUCAACGAUAUCACUCCACCACCAUCCGAAACCGGCACAAUCACACUAUCCAGAGAUAAAGGUCUCUUUGGAGCUGACCGCUGCCUGUUUGACAAUACACACCACACAUUGUCAUUCUUUAGCUUUGAUGAAGAUGGAGAAGACCAUAUCCCACUCGCAGCUGAUAAACCAGAUUACUGUGAUCCACCACCAACGCUACCGUUAUCGUACCAGCAGUCGUCGGUAUUGUGUCGUGAGAAGGGUGACGCCAUUGUUAAUUGUGAGAUGACGGGUAAUACCAAUAACAGUAGUAACCAGUCGGGAAGUAUACCAGUUGCAUCAUCACCUAUACAACAGCAUGACGACGAUGAUGCGUAUAUGCAGUUGUCGCUACCGGUGGUGUCUGAUAGUAUGGGUGCUAGUACUGGAUUUACGGCUUCGUAUCCAGUUUCAGGAGCAACUGCAGGGACUGGGACGCAACAGGUCGCGUAUCCGUAUAAUAUGUAUUAUACUCAUUCUGGACAGUAUUCUGGGAGUCCUAUAUCGCCAACUUCUGCAGCUCAGAUUGGUGCGAUGGCAUCAUCUCAACAGCAGCAGCAGCAUCAGUCAACGUCUCCGACUCAGCAGUUGCAGGGGCAGGUUAUUAAUCAGUACAUGUAUGGAAACCAACCAUACUACUAUUACUCAACGGCGUACAGCAACUACCCACCAGGCUCCUACAUGGCAUCUCAACCAACUCGAGGCCCAGGUCGUCCAUCAACUCGUCCAACAGUAGUAUCAGCACCUCAAUACCAUCCAUACCCACGUUCGCACCCAAAUGCACCAAUCACGAUUCAAACAAAUGCAACUCAACUCCAAUUACAACAUCAUCAGCUCCAACAACAGCAACAACAGCACCAGCAAAUCCAACAAGUCCAAAUGCAAAACCAGCAACAGUUACAACAACAUCAACAACAAAUGCACCAUCAACAACACCAACAACAAACAAUAGGAUUAAACCACUCAGUUAUAAAUAAUCUCGCAAUGAACAUGUCUCAACAACAACAAGUACAGGUACCAUUACAACCUACAACAGUAUCGCCAGCCACAGUCGCUCCCAUACCCGCAUCUCAAAUGCUGGGUACCCCCAUCAUCGUCGCCACCAAGACAACCGUAUCAUCACCAAGCACAUCAGCAUCCACAUCCGCAUCCACAUCACCCAUAAUCAAAUCUGUGUCUCUGCCCAUUCGCUCACUGACACCCGUACAGCAAAUACCACUCGAGCGAGCAUCUCCACCACUCCAAGCACCGCAACAAAAGCCGAAAAACCGGGGCCGGGCACCGAAACAACCUGUAAUCAAACCUGAAACGCAGGACGAUGGGUUGAUUCGUAGUGCAGUGUAUUCAAGUGUGCCAGUGUAUGAGUUCACCACUCGUGGCGUGUCGCUCAUGAAGCGGGUCAAGGAUGGGUUUAUGAAUGCGACGCAGAUACUCAAGCUUGCUGGGAUUGAUAAGGGGAGACGGACCAAGAUUUUGGAGAAGGAGGUGCAUCCGAAUGAGCAUGAGAAGGUUCAGGGAGGAUAUGGAAAAUACCAAGGAACUUGGGUACCAUUCUCUCGUGGUAUUCAUCUAGCUCAGGAGUAUGGUGUUGAGGAGUUGCUACGUCCGUUACUGGACUACAAGCGAGUAGAGAAAUGA